UUUUUUCAAGUUCCCCUCGGGGAAGAGAUGAAAAACCCUAACCCUAGAAGGGCGGGGAUUCUCUCUCUCCCUCGUUCCUUUUCCUUCUUCUUCUUCUAUCCGAGGCUUUUCCUCAGACCUCCUACCCAACUUCGAGCUCACUCUCUGCAUCAUACUCAAGUAAAAGAGUUAAAGUCAAGAUGAGUCGAGGGAGCACCGUCACCAAGGGCAAGAAGAAGGCAUCGACCUUCACUAUUGAUUGUUCAAAACCUGUAGAAGACAAGAUCAUGGAUAUAACUUCCUUUGAGAAGUUUCUCCAGGACAGGAUUAAGGUUGGUGGCAAGACUGGUGUUCUUGGGGAUACCAUCACAAUCACUCGUGAAAAGAACAAGAUCAGUGUCACAGCUGAGAGUGCAUUCUCAAAGAGGUACCUUAAAUAUUUGACAAAGAAGUACUUGAAGAAACACAACGUGAGAGAUUGGUUGCGCGUGAUUGCAUCUAACAAGGACCGGAGUGUGUAUGAGCUCAGGUACUUCAAUAUUGCAGAGAACGAGGCUGAGGAGGAAGAUUGAUCAAAGGCAGUCGGAUUUUUCAUCCCUGAAUCCUCUUUUUGUUUGCUUUUGUCAUUUUGAACACUUUGUUACUAUUAAAUUGAGAAAACGGUCAUAGUGUGAGCUGGAAGUUUUGUUGUUUAUGACAUUUCAGAAGUUUGUAGGAGCCAAAUUUUGUCAAUUUAAUUAAGCCAAUGCAAAUUGACCUCA